AUGUAAUUAAAAUAAGAAUAAUUAUUACAAAUAGUUAAAGAAGAAUUAAUAAAAAAAUCAAAAGAGUAACAUGUUGAAAAAGUGAUACCUUUAUUAACUCCAGAUUUAGUUCAAUAUAUGAUUGUUAAUGAUCUACCAAUUUAUGAAGAUCAUUUAAAAGAAAUUUUAUUUGAUUAAUCAAAAGAACAUAUUGGAACAGUCAUAUAAGAUUUAGAAUAUAAAAAAAAUCUUAAAGAAUAAUAAGAUGAAAUGGAAAGAUAAAUAUUUCUAAAAAAAACUUAAAAAAGAAAACAAAAAUUACUUUCAUUAUAAUAAAAUAAUCCAGAAUUAUUUUUGUAAAAAACACAACCUCAACAACCUUAAACACAAAUGGUCUAAUUAUAAAACAAUUUUGCAAAGCUAAUUUAAAAUUUUACAUAAUUAGUAGCAGCAUAAGUUGUCUAAGAAAUUAAAUAACCAAUCAGAAAAGGAAAGAAAAAACAUAAAAGACCAUCAACUCCAGAUUUCGAAUAAUCAUUAGAAUCAGAUUAAAAUAAAGUUAAAUAAUAACCAUCAUAAUAAGUAUAGGAUUAGUAAUAACAUAGUAAUAAUUAAAAUUCAAAAAAUAAAUCAAUAACUGAAAAAAAACAUUAUUCCCCCUCAAAAAUAAUAUAAAAUAAUUAAUAAAUCUAAUUUUAAUAAUAAAAAUCUUAAUAACAUUUUGAAUAAGAUUUAGAAGAAGACUUUCUAUCUAAUGAAAGUAUGCCUAAAUAAAAUUAUAAUUAAAAAAUAUCUAAUUAAAAUCCUAUUCAAUAAAGUUAUUUAACUAAUCAAUAAUAAUCAUCUUAUAUGGAUCCUUAAUAAUCAAUGGGAUAUUCUUAAUCUAAUUAUGAUUCAAAAAUUUAAAAAUUUGAAGAUUAAUAAAAAUAACCAACAAUACCAGGUUCAAAAUCAAUAAAAUAUGAUGAUUUAUAAUAAGAUUACUCAUCAGGAGAUUUAGAAUCAUAUGAUGAUGUUGAACCUUUAUAAGAUAAUAAAUCUAAAUUUCAAAAUUAAUCUAUUGCUUAAAAUUAAUUCCAAUAAAGUUCAGAUGAUUAUCCAGAUGAUUUCAUUGAAGAGUCAAAUGAUAGAUUUUAAUAAAAUACUAGCAACUUUUAUAAACCAAAAUAUUAAGCACCAGCUCCUGAAUAAGUAGAUUUUGAUGAUGAUAUUGAAGAUUUAUUAUUAUGA